AUGAGAUUACACACUUUUUCUUAUAUUUAUCAACUUGUAGCGGAUUUUAUAACGUAUGAGAAUAUUAUGAAUGGUGUGCAAAUAUAUGCUCCUGACACAAAUAAAUAUAAUUGUUUGCAUCUAAAUUAUCAAGAUAUUAAAGAAUAUGAAUCCCAAAUUAAGCCCGAGUGUGAGAAAAUUAUGUUUUAUUUUGCAAAAAUUUAUAAUAGUAGAAAGGAUAAAUAUUUUGUACAUAAAGGUUUAAAAUAUUUGUAUUAUUGGAUAUAUGAACGAAUUCUUGCCAUGAAAAACUUCAAUCAUGUGGUAACAAUUUAUGACAGAUUGUACAAAAAUUUCAUAACUUUUUGGAAGGAAAAAAAUAUAUCCGAAAUAGAUAUAGGAAUUUUAACUGAAAGUGAACUGCGAAAAAUUGCACUUUUAUAUAAAAUGUAUAAAUGUAUGAAUAAUAGGAAAAAAUAUAUAGAAAAGCCAGAAGAAAAGGAAUAUUGUGAUACUCUAUCCUAUUUUAUAAGCCAGAAUAAACCAAAAUAUAGCGAUAUUUCUAGACCUUGGUACUCACGUCAAACAGGAGACUCUUGCCCACCAGAAAAACCUUGUAAGUCCUCUCUUUCACGCCCUGUACUAGUAGCAUUCUUCAUAGCUAUAAUAAUGUCACUUUUUCUAUUUUAUGUACUUAAGUACACCUCAUAUGGUUCAAAAGUAAUCUCUAAGCAAAAAAAUAAAAGAUACAAUCGGGAUUAUAUUUAUGAAGAAGGAUGGGAUGCACAUGAAAUACCUCAAAUAUGCGACAAUACUUAUGAAACACCUCAAAUGUACUACAAUACGAAUGAAACACCUGAAAUACACUACAAUAUGUAUGACGAUUCGAGGCGUCGUAUAAUAUAUAAUUCUUACUAA